CGUCUGCCAGAAUACGUCACUCGUAUACAAAGUAUGUACAUCUUCUGACAUUUGCUGGGUAAGUAGGUCUGCCGUUACAUUUUGGCUGGAAAUAAUUCGGCUUGUCAACCGAAUUGUUGUCUCACCAAACUUCACCGUCUCCUUCAAGAUAGUGAAUACAGAGCAACUGAUCAAAGAAGUCAUCAAAAUUGGCCUACAAGACUUCAAUCCAACAGUCUAAAUGGAAAGAGCUAUGGAUCUCGAAGGCUCGGACGACGAGGUGCCAGUCCUGGUCGAGCCAGAAGUAGCAGCAUCAGACGACGAGGCGCCGACUCUCAUCUCAGACCCCAACGCCCUACCAACAAAAAAAGUCCCCCUCACAAUCAUAACAGGCUAUCUGGGCGCCGGCAAAACCACCCUCCUGAACUACAUCCUCACCGCGCAACACGGCAAGAAAAUCGCCGUCAUCCUCAACGAAUUCGGCGACUCCAUCGACAUCGAAAAGCAACUCACCGUGUCCGACUCGGACUCCACCGAAGCCAAGCCCCCGCCCUUCGUGCCCCUCGCCAACGGCUGCAUCUGCUGCUCCGCGAAAGACGUCGGCGUCGCCGCAAUCGAGAACCUGAUGGAAGCCAGCGGCCUGUUCGACUACAUCCUGCUCGAAACCACGGGGCUCGCUGACCCGGGCAACCUGGCGCCCACGUUCUGGCUCGACGACGGGCUGGGCAGCACCAUCUACCUCGACGGCAUCGUGACGCUCGUCGACGCGGCGAAUAUCCUGCGCAGUCUGGACGACGGGCUGGGUGAUGGCGCCGCCGAGGUCGCGGCGCGCAGGGAACAGGACCACGACCACGACGGCCAUAGUCAUGAAGGCCCGCUGCUCACAACCGCCCACCUGCAAAUCUCCCACGCCGACGUCCUCCUCAUCAACAAAACCGACCUCGUAUCUGCCUCCGAACUCGCCGCCGUCACCGCCCGCGUGCGCUCCAUCAACAGCCUCGCCCGCCUGCGCACCACGACGCGCAGCACCGUGCCCGAACUCACGGGCCUGAUCCUCGACAUCGCCGCGUACGCGUCCGUGACCGCAGACGACCUAUCCUUCGCCGCCAAGGGACACAGCCACAUCGACGCCUCAAUAACCACGAGCGCGCUCGCGUUCCCGCCGCUCCAGGAUGGACAGUUGGAGAAGCUGGAUGGCUGGCUCAGGGCCGUGCUGUGGGAGCAGGUGCUGCCCGGGGUCAGGCAUGGGGCGUUCGAGGUGCAUCGGCUGAAGGGGCGGGUGCCGGUUGAGGGGGGGAAGGUGGUUGUUGUGCAAGGGGUAAGGAGUUUGUACGAGGUGAACGAGGUGGAGGGGGAGGGCGGGGUGGGGGAGGGGAAGUUGGUGUUGAUUGGGAGGGGGGUGGAGCAGGAGGGGUUCCGGGAGAGUUUGAUGGGGGCGCUGGGGGCGUGA